AUGGUGACCCUCGAACCCCCGUCUUUGAGGGGUGUUCCCCCUCCCCCCUCUUGCCCUCUAUUGCUUCUGGUGCUGCGGCCGACCUCGUUGGAUUCGAGUCGGUCGGCGCUGCGUCAGCCCCGAGCGGGAGACGCCGCACCGUCAAGGGCAAGGGGGGCAAGGGCGCUGGAGGGGCUGGCGGGGGUGGUGGAGGUGGUGGUGGAGGCACUAAAGGGGGUGGGGGUGGUGGUGGGAGUGGUGGCGAGGGUGGAGGUGUCGGUGGUAGUAGUGGAGGCGGAGGAGGCGGCGGCGGUGGCGGAGGGAGCGGAGGCGAUGGAGGCGGUGGAGGCGGUGGAGGUGGCGGAGGCAGCGGAGGUGGCGGAGGCGGCAGCGGCAGCAGUGGACCUGGUCGCGGAUCUGCGCAGAGGAGUGGCUCCGGUGGUGGUCCGCGCCAGCAGCAGCGCCGCAGUCGUGAGACCCUGUCCCCUCAGCAGCUUCGUGAGUGGUACGCUGCGCGUCAGCGCGUGCGGGGGCUCGCACUCCACCCAGCGAUGUUUCGGCCACCUGACGGGCGCGUGGCGUCACCACUUCCCUGAGGCCUCUGAGAUCCCUCGCUGGGGAGAGCUGUCUAGGGCGGGGGUUGCUAUCUUUGAUCUUGAUUUUGAUGCUAUUCUUGCUGUCAUGUAUGCUGUGUCUGAUAGUAUUGAGGGUGACUGUUACCUGUGUGAUCCGCCUGACCCGGGCAUUGAGACUGCUGCUCUAGGUACUGGUGAGGCUGCUGCUCUAGGUGCUAGUGCGACUGCUGCACCAGGUGCUGGUGAGUCUGCUCUCUUAGGUGUCUACCUCCCCUCGUUCUCUACGAACUUGGUGAGUGGAGCUGAUCUUCAGGAUAGGGGGGUUCACCAGUUCACUCCUGCAAGUCAGCGGGUGACCCACUGCACGUGUGCUCGGACAGGCCGACACUUGGCCACUACGUCUGCACUCUGA